GCCGUUGAGCUUAUGGCUCUUGUGGCCAUGGAGGCCAGCGCUGGUGGUGGUCAGAUGGGUUCUUUAAAGUUUCUACGAGUUUUUAAUUAUUUUUUUUAUUUUUUAAAAUUUUCUUCAAAACAAAAAACCGAAACUAAACUUUUUCAUGAAACAGAAACUUAAUUCUCCACGCCAUCUAACGAAAUGCCUAAAACUAACGGAAAAGGAUCCAAGAAAAACAAUCGCACUGUCGCUUUAGAUGUAACUUUAUCGGACUUUGCCGAUUCCCCCGCUCGCACUGGUAGAUUAAGAAAAUCAGUGGGGACUGUUCUGAAACAAAAAGAAGAUGACACUCUUUGGUUUGAGAAAGACCUAGAAGAUUUUGAAUUUUCAAAAGAUACAAAUGAAUCUCAAAAAAAGCCAUCACGAUCCAAAGUAAAGCCGGAAGAACUUGAUAAAAGACCAGGAAAUGUCUAUCCAAUUGAUGUAUGGUUUCUCAUUAGUGGAUUCGUCAGACCUGAAGACGUAAAAAUAUUUGCUUCUAUAUGUAAAGAUUCAUAUUUGGUUUCUAGGACGUACUCAUUUUGGAUAAAAAUGUACAAAAGGUUUUAUGAACCACAACAUCACCUUCCACAACGUCUUCAGCCCGAAUGCAUCGAGGGCUCUUUCUGCUUGAAAAUGCAUGUUGUACGUGCACUAUUCCACAUGUACCCCCUCUUCACGGGUCCCCUUUCAGGACACGUGCCAUCUUCGGACGUUCAUUCUUUGUCAAAUCUUUGUUGCACAUCCAUGUGGCGGAUACAAAAAAAUGGAAAGUGGAUUUUCCAUUUCAAGUUCCAAAUACUGUCAUCAGACCCUCUCACACCUGUUUCAUAUGGGAAUGAAAUUCAAGAUUUGUGGUUGAGCCAAGACUACAACCGCCAGAACUGUGAGAAGUAUGUGAAUCAUAACCCCUAUGAAGGAAGCAAGAUUCUGAAAGUGUCUUGUUCCCACUUUGUUGCCAUUCCACCCUGGGUCAUGGGAAGCCGCUUGUCGGAUGUGCGCAUUAAUUUGGCUCAUGAUAUGAGGCGCCAGAAGCUGCAACUCACAUUUUGUUUUUCCACCUAUUGUCAGGCCACAAAAAAUCCAGCAUCGAGGGGAAGUGGCGUUUACGGCGAUGUCGUGGAACUUGAUUCAGUUGAAAAUAUUGCCAUUUUGAAUUGGUGGCAUCCGCAAUAUCCUGUAGACCUCAAAAGUUUAAUUUUCUUUGCUGGAGUGCAGAAUAGGGGUACAUUGGCUGCAUUAAAGAUUUGUUGCUAUUGCAAACUAUUUUCAAUUUUGAAUACUCUAGUUUAUAUGCUGCUAUAUUUGGUUUAAAUUGGUUCUGGCAUACAUAAGGUGACCAGAAUUUUUUUCCCACAAAACUGGAUGUUUUAGAAUUUUAGGCAGCUGUAUGCUUAUUACUAUUUUUUGAAAAAAUUACUGGUUCAGAACAGAAAUGAACAGAUUAAACAGAAAGGUACUGUAAAUUUCAAUAGACAGAUUUAUAAUGAAACACAUAGGCAAUCACUAUCAGUAAUUAAACCUAAUCCAAGAACUUAGACACUAUGCGUUUUGUGUUUCCACCUCUCAGGUCAGAGUUGUUGGACGAAGUUGUUUUGAAAAUAGCCAAAACACUUCCUUAAAUUAGCCAAAAAUAGCUGACAUGUAAGAAAUGCACCACCUUUUGAUAAUUUUAAAAGUUUCAAUUGUAUAAACGCACAUCGAUAAAUAUAACACAUUCCCCUUAUUUUUACUCACAAAAUUUUUAAGGUGACAUAAUAAGUGCUACUUUGAUCUCUUAAUUUCUUAAAUGUGCUUUAUAAAAAAAGGUUAAUUGGCUAAUAUUUGCCAAAUGUGGUAACCAUUUUCUUUACAUACUGGUCUACUAAUCACGUGGUAAUACUUAGCUCGAUUUGUUGCUAUUGUUUUUUCACGAAUGUGGCUAACUUGAUCACUGCUCUAAGUUUUACCACCUGUACUCAAAUUUCUUUCACUUUUUUUUUUCAAUUCACUCGAGUAAGUUGCUGACUUUCAGAAAGCAGGACAUUUCUGCAUACUGACCCAAUGUGCAAGGAAAAUGGGAUAGGCUGCCUGAAAACAGGACUGUCCCAUUCUAAACGGGACGUAUGGGUCACCUUAAGCAUACAUCAUUUUCUCUUUUAGCGGACUUUAAAUAUUUUUUCUUUCAAUUGGUGCAUUUAGGACCCCAUAUUUGAAGAGAUUUAUUUACACUAUGUUAUAUAAUAACUGUUUAUUUAGUAAUAUUCUUCAUUUUAAUGAACUCUUUCAGAAAAUAUUAGAAAGAAAUGAAGGAGAAAAAUAGUGUCUCAAAUAUGCCAGUUGAAUAAAACAUUUAACAAGAUUAAAAGCUCUAAUAUAAUACAAAAUAAUCUUCAAAAUACAUAAUUUAAGCCAUUAAGAGUUUAACUGCAUUGUAAAAAAAAAAAAAAUCUGUCUAAAUGAAGCAUUAAAAGCUUGUUUAAAAUGUGACAGAAUCCAAUAAAUUUAUCAAGCCAUAAAGAAUUAUUGUCAGAUAUGAACAUUUUUUUCCCGAGUAAAUAAGCAAACAAGUCACCAAGAGCCAAUAUGUACUCCUAUUCUAUUCUUACCAUUUUCUUUGCAAAAAUUAAAACAUAAACCAAAAAAACAUAUUAUACAUCUAAGUCCAGUAAUGCAUUAUAAAUGCAACAAGCUAAAAUAAAACACUGUAUCAAAUUUAUGUGAUCAGUAGAUCACAUAUGUGGAUCAAGUAUUAAAUUUGAAAAAGAAAUUGAUUUUUGUUAUCAUUUGUAGAGAAAUAUGUUGAUAUUUUAAGUAACCAGUGAAUGUUCAAGACUGUAAAACAAGUUUUGAAAAUGUGAAAUAUACAACUUAAUAAACAACAAAAUUUAACUGUUUAA